CCGUUGCAGAUUCACACACACAAUCGCGGAUUUUUCACUGCACAAAAUUGUAUAUUUAACAUAAAAUAACAGCAAUUAAUAAAAACAAAUUGCUGCAAAGUGACCUACGUAGUGCCGGCCACUGCGUGGAUUGUAAAACAACUGAAAGCCGCUGUGGUUUCCAACGUAAAUCACGUGAUAAGAUUCCGCCUGAAAACUCGCCCUCGUCUGUGAAGUUCGUGAAAUGUGAGGAAGAGUUUUUCACCUCCAAUUGGGUGGAGCGGAGAUUCUGAAAUAAGCAACAAUAAGCGAAACUCGUCCAGUGCAGUAACAACAAUCAGCAAUGCCCCCGAAAAUUGUGAGAACUCGUGGGCGCGAUUCGUACGCGAUAAAUGCGCAAUUCAGGGCCAAUUAGUGGGUGUCUGGCGAGGUCCUCUGCUUCCUCCACCUCCUGUUGCAGGUUCUGCUCGUUCCCCUGCAUCCUGGCGGGUCUGUCCAUCAGAAGCAAGUGAAUCGCAGACCCAGACUUUGAACUUGCGCCGCACUGUUUUUGUGUUUGUGCGUGUAUGCGUGUGCGUGCGCGAAAAACAAAAGAAAAGCCCCACUACCCGUGGCAAACAAUAACACAACACAGGCCUGCCGUCCGCGACCGAUAAUUGCUGUGAAAGCAAAACAUGUUCGCUGCUCACCGGCUCAUCUUCCUGGGCGCUCUGCUCGGAGCCUCUGUUUGCGCUUCUCCCAUCGAAUUGGUAAUGGACACCAGCUUGAACGCUUCCAGUUCGGAUCCCGGGACUGUGGCUCGGGCCAGCAAAUGGCAGCCGACCAGGGCGCCGCUGGCGAAGGCAGCAAACGGAACAGCUGGCCAGCAGCCUUAUCUCGCCCAAUCGACGUCGCUGGCCACUGAUAACAGAAGUCAUAACAACAACAGCAAUAGUAACAAUAGCGCAGUGCCCAUGUUGCUGCCCCAAGACGGCGAUGGAUCAGACUCUGGAUCUGCUGCGCCUGUAGCAUCUCAGGAGCUGAAGCCCUAUGUAGCGCAGCCAGUUAGCAAAAAGCAAGAAAAGUUGAUCAAAUGCCACUGCGACAUCUGCAAGGAAUCUAACAACAUUUGUGAGACGGACGGCUACUGCUUCACGUCGGUGGAGAAGAGCGAGGACAGGGGCAUCAUCUUCAGCUACAGAUGCCUCAAUAUGUCGCAGAGCUUUCCGCCGGGUCGGUUCAUCUGGUGCAACGCGGGCCCUGGACCCACCGCCCGUCCGGCAGCCCGGCACGGCGGACACGCCUGCUGCAAGGACAGAGACUUUUGCAACCGAUGGCUCCGGCCCGUCAUCAAGAUGGAGGGUGGCCGGCGGUUGAAUUCGUUGGUCGCCGUUGAAGACAUGGUGCCGUCGCGCAGCUUGACCAGCUGGGAGUUGGGGGCCAUCAUCUUGGGCGUGACCCUCUUCAUUUGCCUCACCGGCACCGGCUCGUGGUACUACUUCCAAAGGAGAAAGCGCUUGGCCAGCGGCAGACCCUUUGCCAAGGAGGACUCUGUCUACGAUCCCAUUUUGAAUGGCAACACAACGAUACACGACAUCAUCGAGAUGACCACUUCGGGCUCCGGUUCGGCUGGUCUCCCCUUGUUGGUGCAACGAUCCAUUGCCCGACAGGUGCAACUGUGCCACGUGAUCGGAAAGGGUCGCUUUGGCGAGGUGUGGCGUGGUCGCUGGCGAGGCGAGAACGUGGCCGUCAAGAUCUUCUCCAGCCGCGAGGAGUGCUCUUGGUUCCGCGAGGCCGAGAUUUAUCAGACGGUUAUGCUUCGGCAUGAGAACAUCCUGGGCUUCAUAGCCGCCGACAACAAGGACAAUGGAACUUGGACACAGCUGUGGCUAGUGACAGACUACCACGAGAAUGGAUCGCUGUUCGAUUAUCUGACCACGCAUGCGGUGGACACCAACACCAUGCUGAACAUGUCGCUGAGCAUUGCCACUGGACUGGCCCACCUGCACAUGGAUAUUGUGGGUACUCGCGGCAAGCCAGCCAUUGCUCAUCGGGAUCUCAAGUCCAAGAACAUCCUGGUCAAGUCGAACCUGAGCUGCGCCAUCGGAGAUUUGGGUUUGGCCGUGCGCCAUGUGGAGAAAGAUGACUCGGUGGACAUUCCUUCCACGCAUCGUGUGGGCACCAAGCGCUACAUGGCCCCCGAGGUGCUGGAUGAGACGAUGAACGCCCAGCACUUUGACUCUUAUAAGCGGGCCGAUGUCUACGCCUUCGGUUUGAUCCUCUGGGAGAUUGCGCGGCGCUGCAACAUGGGCAUGAUCUACGACGAGUACCAGUUGCCGUACUAUGAUGCCGUGCAACCGGAUCCCAGCAUCGAAGAAAUGAAGAAGGUUGUUUGCAUUGAAAGAAUCCGCCCCAACAUUCCAAAUCGCUGGCACGCAUCCGACGUGCUCCACAAUAUGGCCAAGGUGAUGAAGGAGUGCUGGUAUCCCAAUCCCGUGGCGCGUUUGACCGCUCUGCGCAUCAAGAAGACGCUAGCGAGCAUAAGUGUCGAGGACAAAGUCAAAAACUGAUUGUGGCUCUAGUUCGACGAGUUCGAGAGGGAGGAGAUUUGAGUACGUACGAUGGUGGCGGCACUUUCGUACGAUGCUCAUAAGCAACCUGUAACCUGGCCCCGCGUUACCUUAAAUGUCCUGGCAGCGCCUGCAAAGCAGUUCGAGCAAACCGUUAAGAUAGAAAUACAAAGGAAAUUGUAAAUAUUAAGCGCUAACUCAUCCUUAAUGAUUUCAAUGCUUGCUUUGUUUCCGCGAGAACGAGCUCGUUAUUAGUUUUGUGUCCAAACCAUCCUCAACUAUUGUACAUAGCCUUCGUUGACAUUUCCGCUGAGAUUUGCUUGUUUCCGGGCAGCGUGAGCAAAGCGGCGCGCCAUAGGAAACUACCGCACUGCCAUUAGAGCUACCGAUUAGGGCAUAGGUAUACCAACAACAAAUAUCUUAUAAAAACAAUCUAUACAUUUUUAUUACUAAUCCUGUUCGCGAGCAAGAGAAUCCAGCACACAAAAACUAUAAAUACAAAACGAAAAAUACAGUGAGACUUUGUCAAGACUGAGCAGCAGUGAAAGCAACUAUACCCAAUAUACAAACACGGAUUCAAUAAGCAGAACCUUUUUAAACUGCAUUGUAAAAGAUAUUUGUACAUCGACAGCGAGGAACCACAUCAUCAGCAUAGAAGAGAAUUAAAUAUUUAGGCAUAAAGCAACACAACGUUGACAAACUCAGGAAAUCGUAAUGUAAAACAAAGUAAAGAAUUAAUGAAUCAAAGUUGGUGCGCCGCCUGCUCACGUGCAGCUUGCCAUGCCCGCGUCGCUAUUGCUGCUGCUGUGCCUCUAAUCUUAAAAUAUGUACCAAACACUUCACACAUGGUUGCACGCCCAUCCAGUUGAUGAGCUUAUGUUUGUUAUUCUAAGCUGCAACUACUUGCCCAUUCCCUCAUCCAUCAUUACAAUUCUCGAUCCUUGCAAUCAACUCCUAUUGGUUGCCCCUUUCACCCAUAGGCAUGCUUAUUAUUUUUGUUAUUCGUUCAUUUCGCAUUAGUUAGUGUUUCGUUUGACUUUUAUUAUUUUUGUUUCUUGUUUUUGUAACCAAAGCUUGUUCUUCCUAUUUUACUGUAGCCGUAAAGCGAAAAGCAAAUUAAAAUACAACUAUAUAAUUAUAAAGUAAUCUAGUAUAUUUAAAUAUGAAUUGUAAACUAUAUUUGCUUCGAUUGUACAUUUUAAGGAACUCGAUGUUUCAUGAACAAACCUAAGCCACUAAAACUAGUGGGUACUCCCAGUUAUAUGUGUUUUAAAGUCAUUAACUAAUUGAAUUUCCAUAUCGAUUGCCAUAAGCUAAUUGAGUCCAUUGUCUUUGUGUUUACAAACCCUCGAUGAGAAUGCAAUAGUAGUUUGUGCAUAAAACAUGUUUCCUUAAACCAUAUACACACGCCAGCUGAGAGAUUAACGUAAACAUUAAUUAACAUUUUAAUCAUUUUGAUGUAAGCUACGAGUAAGCGUUUGUGCGAUCAGUGUGUGCAUGAUUAUGAUGAUAUCAUUUUAGCUACUAUAUAGUACAUAUUGUUACAUUUUCGGCCUGCGAAAUUUCACUUCCUAUUUUAAUUUAGUUUUACCGAAGCUAAUCAUGUCCUGACCGAACUCAAACGAUUUCUUUCGGAAAAAAAAAUCUAAACAAAAUAUUUUAGAUCUAUUAGAUCGUAUAUAUACGUAUAUUUAGUUUUUAAAACUAUUCCUGUAUUUGUAAUAUGUGUAAAUAGUCUGUGCAGUCCGUGCGUGCGAGUCAAACACAAAAAACGAGACAUAAUUCAAUAUACAAUGUUAAUUGAUAAAUGCUUGACUGUGUUGCAAGCUAAGUUUAAGACGAAAAUUGUUUUUAAGACAAAAACCCUUGAACAACCUCCGAUGUGGGGCACUUCCUACACCCCACACCCGUAGCCCUUGAUCCAACCAAACCAAAAACCAUUUACAUUGAACUGAGUUUAAGAUUCAAUUUAAACCGAACACGAAAACAAGAUAAGACUUACACAAUGCGCAAAAUCAUGAAAAAAAUCAAUUAAAUUUACAAAAAUAAAUCCUAUUUUGCUGGCAAAGAAAAACACACUUUUGGUUCGAAAACUUUUAAGAUUUUAAGGACUAAACCGAUGUAUGUACUUUACGCGACUUAUGUUAGGCUCAAGUUAGCGAAGAGUGUCUCAGCCAUUAAGAAUAUGAGCUAAAAGCAUUUCUAUGUGUAUUAAUCGUAAUUGAAUUGGAUCAUGAGAGAUAUAUAGACCGAGAGAUGGAAAGAGAAAGGUUUAGAGAUGAAAGGACGAUUUUCUUGGGUGUAAUGUUAAAAACAAAAGCGUUGAAAGUGUAAACAGAGUCUAACUUUUAGCUUUAAGCUGCGUUUUUACUGGCACUUUAAAUAAAUAAAACCAACAGAAAAUAUUUGUAAAAGAAA